CUUGAUGUACUUUGAAAGCAAUCCUAGAAUGGUCUGCUGAGUACUACAGAUACUGAAUGCCUUGCAAACCCUAGCUGUGAUCCCAUAGUCCUUUUUCAGGCAACUUCCUCUCAAGUAAAUUUACGUCUUGCCUGUGUAAGGAGCACAACAUCAGUGCAGUGCAGCCAUCCAGUAUCUUGCUACCUGCAUGCUGUUCAGUGUGGAAGGUGAGGGAAAAUUCUGGUCAUUGACACAGUAGCUUGUGUAGUGUUAAUUAGAAGAAGCAAUCUGGAGACAGUUAAGUUAUUGAAAAGUGUCCUCUCUUGAAUACAAACACACAAAGGCCAGUGAGAAACAUGAAAGAAAAUGUAGUUCUGCUAGACAGGAUAUACAGACCUAAAUGUGUGAAUCUUGCUAUAUGGAGUCUAUCUUGUUUCUUUGGUUUUGGUCUUUAAAAAUACCUCUGGUCAGUUUCUCCAGGCCCCCUUCACAAGGGGCAGGGUUUCUUCCUUACAGGAGUUGUGACAAAGGUGCUACAGAGUUCAGCUAACUUCAAGGUUGGCUAAAUUGAAUUAGAAUAGGGAAAACAGUGCCCUGUGAGGGAGUGAGCAACAGAAGCCUUGAUUAUUGCAUUCCAGAGAUAAGCUGGAAGGUCAGCAGCAGUCAUCUAACAUCAGUGCUGGCCUAUUUACACCCGGACCUACUAGCGCUUUCCCUCAGAGGCUGCCUUCUUCAUGCAGAGGUCUUCUCUGAAAGAAAUCCAUGCUAUGAACCAGCACAGAAUUCAAUUUGUCUGCUUCAGAGACAAUAGAUGAAAAGCCACAUAAUUUUCAACCUGUUUCCAGAGUCAAGAUAUUUAAAACAUAAAGUUAAAAUUACAUCUUGCAUCUCUCACUUAAAAUUGUAUAGCUGUGGCACAGAUUUCUUCACCAGUAUAAAAAAAUGGACAUCUGGAUUAAGAGCAAUGGAGCGGGAAAGAAUAAUUCGAGAUACCUUGACGUGCUUUAUCCAGUCCUAUAUCCCUAAUGCUGAUCUUGGUGGGAUGGAUGAAGUUGUCUUCUCCUACAUCACUAGUGUCUUAGAAGAGCUGGGUUUACCAGAGUCCUCUGAAGAGAACUUUGAUAUGGAUACCUUUGUGGAAAUGAUGGAAGCAUAUAUCCCUGGCUUUGCAGAAAUCAACAGUGGAGAUGUUUGUGAAAUGAUGUUUUCUCUCUCUGAAAGGCUCAGUAAAGCUCACAACCAAGAAAAGUUUUGCCAAAGGCCUGUGGAAAGCAUGAACAAAGCACCCACCGAAGAGCUGAACUGGAGCAGCAAGCAGGGAGCAGGUGCGCCUGAGAAGGAAAUACUGCGUACGCCAGCAGAAGAAGCCAUAGCUGAGGGAGGAGGUGACCUGAAGGAUGGCGUGGAGCUGCUCCUGGAGAUGUUCCCAGCCUGCACUGUGAGCCAGGCUCAGACAGCGUUGGCCAUGGCGCUGGGAAACCUUGAAGAGGCAGUACAGCUCAUCAUAGAGGAGAAGGUGGAAAUCAGCCCAGUGGAUGCUACCCUGAAGGAGAUGGUGAGGCCCCGCAGAGCACCUAAGCAAGAGGAACUAAAACAGUUGAUCUUACAGAAAUACAUGAUGGUGGACAGUGCAGAGGAUCAGAAAACACACCGGCCAGUACCACCAAAGGAGGCUCCCAAGAAGCUAAUCCGCUACAUAGAUAACCAGGUAGUGAGCACAAAGGGCGAGCGAUACAAGGACAUGAAGAAGCCAGAGAGUGAGGAGAUGAAGAGAACUUACAUCAGCCUCAAACCAGCCAGGAAGUAUAAAUUCCACUGAUGGAUGUUCCCUCCACAUUAUCAUCCUCUGCCUUGAAUGGAGCGCUGGACCUGCAGCAGUUAGUGGAGUGCAGAUGGUCCCCUCCUGCCCUAACUGGAACUAAUCCCUGGGAGCCAGGAUGCUGCUUUCACCUCCCCAAGUUAGCACCUGCUGCCCUGGAGGGGCCUGAGCAACACCAUCCCCCACACCAGGGGCCAGGCUUGCAGAACCAGCUGAGUCCUAGGCACCCCCUGCUCCUUCAUGCAUGGGGGUUUUAAAACCUAACGUGGGCUUGUGCUGUCAUGACAAGCUUUUUAAACCUGUGUGCACUGAUUGUACUGAGUGUCGCUGUUAAUAAAGAUGAUGUGAGUUUAUGUGAAA